CGGAGGCGGAUUGUUGACGCCCGCUGCUGCUGUGGUGGCGACGGAAUAGUUGGGGAGGGGCUGACGAGGGCGGGCGACGGCGCAGUGACAGGCAGCGCGGAGGGUGCCUCCGGGGCGACGAUGGCAGAGGGGCCCGAUGAAGCCCGGAGCCGCCCCCCCGGGCAGGACAGCGGCGGCGGGGACCACGAGCCGGUCCCUUCCGGGCCAGGCUCUCCCGCCGCCGCCGCCCCCCGGCCCCCGGCCCUCGCGACCGUCGCCUCGGCCGUCUCGGAGCCGGAGCCGCAGUGCGAGCUCCGGAAGCGCCGGGAGACGAGCGCAGAGCCUCAGGAGCCGGGGGGCUGCGAGGCCUCGGACGGGCCGGGGCGGCUGAGCGCGCGCGAGUACUCGCGGCAGGUGCACGAAUGGCUCUGGCAGUCCUACUGCGGCUACCUCACCUGGCACAGCGGCCUGGCCGCCCUGCCCGCCUACUGCGGCCCGCCGCCCGCCGCCCCUCAGCCCGCAGUGCCCCCGCCGCCCCCGCCGCCGCCGCCGCCCCCGCCGCAGCUCGCGUACUACAACCCCUUCUACUUCCUGAGCGCUGCGGGGCCCGGGCCGGGGGCGGCCACGGGCGGCGCCACCCCGACUGCGGUCGCGGGCCUCACGGCCCGGGCCCCGCACGUGCAGGCCUCUGCCCGGGCAGCCCCUGGGACCAGGGUGGGCUCUGCAGCCCCGGCACGGACGGCCAGCGACACCGGGCGGCAGGCAGGUAGAGAGUAUGUCAUUCCAUCCUUGGCCCACAGAUUUAUGGCAGAGAUGGUGGACUUCUUUAUUCUCUUCUUUAUAAAAGCAACCAUUGUCUUGAGCAUCAUGCAUCUCAGUGGAAUAAAGGACAUCUCUAAGUUUGCCAUGCACUAUAUAAUAGAAGAGAUUGAUGAAGACACAUCGAUGGAAGACCUGCAGAAAAUGAUGAUUGUUGCACUUAUAUACAGGCUGUUAGUUUGUUUCUAUGAGAUAAUUUGCAUAUGGGGAGCAGGGGGAGCUACCCCAGGAAAGUUCCUGCUAGGGCUUCGAGUUGUGACAUGUGAUACGUCAGUACUCAUUGCUCCAAGUCGGGUUUUAGUGAUUCCUUCCUCAAAUGUUAGCAUCACAACGUCCACCAUACGAGCUUUGAUCAAGAAUUUUUCUAUUGCUUCUUUUUUCCCUGCUUUCAUCACACUGCUGUUUUUUCAGCAUAAUCGAACAGCCUAUGACAUUGUAGCAGGAACCAUUGUGGUAAAAAGAAAUGGGGUCAGAUGAUGCCCCAGAACCCUGAAUUCCACUCUUAGGAAUAAUGACAAGACUAAAUUAUGUAUCAAGGCCAUCAUUAUCUCUGGGUUACAUUAAUUGAUGAUUUAAAAAUUAAAGCAGUCACUCCGGUGUUAUGCAGGGGACUGUUCUGAAAGUGUUGACUGUACUUGAAUGUCAAGUAACUUUUCCAGAAAGAAAAACUAUUAAAUUUAAGUGUUAAAUAUUUAUAGGACAACAAAGCAAAUAGGUUCGUAAUCAAUACAUAUUUUAACAAGUACAUACUUUAACAUUUAAGAUAACCAAAAUUUGCUGGAAGCAUUUUCAGCUUUCAAUUCUCUAAAUCAAAACUUUACAAUUUUAAUUUUGGCUUAUCCUAGAGUGAUUAAUAUCCAAUUGUGUUUUAUAAACACCUACAAAACUCCCACAACUCUUCAUACAGAAGCUGCUUUUGGUGAGCAUCAACUCAACAACCUACUUAAUCCAUGGCAGGUGUUGGGGGGAAAGGGCUAGUGAGGAAGGCCUAGGAGGCCCCUCACCCCACACUUCCAGGAUAUUCUAGAGUUCACUUCGGUAGUGGUGGGAUAUUUCAGCUUUCUUACUGCUUAUGUAUUUGGAGGCAAGAGUUUCAUGAUGAUGAAAAUAUACUGAGUCAUAUCAUUGAUAUUUUUAAAAGGUAAGUUAGUGAUUGCCUUCUUUGGGGGGAGGGGGAAUAAUGGGGAAUUUUCAUUGUAAAUUCAGCUUAGAAUUCAUGUGCCCUAAAGUCCAACUAUAAAUAUGCAGGAGGAAUAUCCAUCAAACAUUCCCAGUAUGUGCUGUCCAGUGUUCUGAAUUUACCUGUAGAUUCUAUUUAUGUACAGUAAAUUCCUAAGGCACUUCUGUAUUCUAUACAGUUCCAUAGCUGUCAAAACACCAAGGUGUUAGACUAUAUUUUAUGAAUAACUUAAAUACUAGCAGCAGCCUGUGAAAUAUUAGCAGUUUUCCUAUUAUGAAUUGUUCUCUCUAAAACAAGGCAGCAUAUCAUCUUUGAACUUUAUUCUAGCUUCUUUAAGCUCAUUUUGGCCUAUUAGAGAUGAGAUUUGGGGGAGGGGGGGUGUUAAAGCAAAAACUUUGUGUACUGUCAUUGUACUUUGCUCUGUUGGUGAAACAUUGGGUUUAUGUCUUUGUGCUUUUGUUUUGUCAGUUAGCUAGCUGUACCAAAAUGUUAGUUUAAAACUUUACUUACUCUUGUAUAGGAUUUUCCCGAGAAACACUAAAUUGUAUUGCACAAGAGAUCUUUGUUCCUGAGUUUUAAAUAUCAAGAGGAAGCCAUGUGUUGUCAUUACUGCAGGCUAUUCUUUGACAUUUAAAACUGAAACCACUUUUGAUGUCUAGAUACUUUUAAGAAUCUCCUAAGAGCUCAUUGUUAACCAUGGUUUCUCAAAAUAAUUUUAUUUAAAUACAAAUUCACAGAAAGCCUAUUUGUCAAGAGCAGUACAGAGAGCAUGUGAUUGUGACUCUGCCAAGACUUUAAAGCUCUUCAAACUCUUACACUACAAGUCGGGAGGCUGGUGUCACUGAUGAGAGAAUACAUGUUGAAAUGUGCUUCACCCACACAGCUCUGAAGUAUCUGUUGUUUCUACUAAGUUAUCACUGAGGAUAUUUUUAUUUUUACAGUAAAAUAAACAAUAGUUAAAAUUUGUUAGACAAGUUCUUUAGAUCUAGCUGUGGAUUCAAGUUGUGCCAUAUAAGAUGUAAGAUAAAAGUAUUGCUUUGAAUACAGUAGAACCUCGAUCUGUUAUAAGGAGAAAAGGGACAUUUUUCCAGCCUCCUUUACAGAAUAUGAGUGCAUUCAUUUACGGAAAUACUAAUUUCCUGUGUCAAAGUAUAAUUCUCCUGCUGAAGCUGUAUCCUAAAAGGGCAAGAUGAAGUUCAGAAAUGAAGAUAUUCUUUAAUGAGCAUGCCCUAAGCUCAAACCUUGGGACUGGAGUCUUGUUGAUGCAUUGCCAUCCAGUCUGAACAACUGGCAAGUGAUUUAGGCAAUGAGUAAGUCUCAGUUUUCAUCACUGAGCAUGUCUGGAGUGGCUAGAUCUUGAAAGGAUAUCCUACAGUCUAGGUGACAGCAUGAUGACAAACCUCAGUAUUGAUAUGACCAUACACACAUGCUACUUAUUUGACAGUGCUCAUUGCUUAGCUCUGCCUACAAAGCAUUUACCUAGUUGCCCAUGCCUCAAAACUGAGUCUUCAAAGGAUCUUAAAAGCCUUUUACCUUUAAAAGAACAUGCUCAUAUCAGUGACCUGUUUCUGGCAAAGGGAAGGAGUUUUUUGCAUUUGCAACUUGGGCUUCUGAAGGAAGAUAGGGCAUUAAACUUUCUCAUCUCUUUGAAGAUGAUGCCUAGAUUAACAGUAUUCCUAAACUCUGACAAGUACUGGUUCAGCUCCUUGCCAUCCUCCAUCCACAUAACCAAAGACCAAAGUCCUUACUCGUGCCUGGGUGAAGGUCCUCAUUUUGACUGAUAUGUGUAGAUUUCCUUGUAGUUCACUAUAGGGGGGCUUGCCCUGCAAACAGUAUCUACUGGCCCACCUAUAAAUAAAACAGCAUUCUAUUUUUAAUAUUUGUAUGUCACCAGUUUGUAUUUUGUGUCUCAAUAAAUACUUAUGUCAAAGUCAA